ACGGGAAGAAGAGUUGUUGUUGAUAGUGGAAAAUGGCGUCGUCCAUGGGCGGUAUGUUCCCUGGUCAGCAGCCUCCUGGAUCCCAUCCACCUACGGGUCCUGGGGGUCCAGGUCAGCCAGGGCUUCUCACAGGUCCUUCUGGUAAUAGAGGGGCAAAUAACACUUUAGUAGAUGAGCUGGAAGCUUCUUUCGAGGCGUGUUUUGCAUCUCUUGUCAGCCAAGACUACGUGAACGGAACAGACCAGGAAGAAAUUCGGACUGGGGUUGAUCAGUGUAUACAGAAAUUUCUGGAUGUAGCCAGACAGACUGAAUGUUUUUUCCUUCAGAAAAGACUGCAGCUGUCUGUACAAAAACCAGAACAGGUGGAAAAAGAGGAUGCAUCAGAACUUAAAAAUGAACUUCAGAGGAAAGAAAUGCUUAUUCAGAAACAUCUUACCAAGAUCCAUCAUUGGCAGCAGGUGUUGGAGGACAUCAACGUCCAGCAUAAGAAGCCCACAGAACUGCCACAGGGUCCACUGGCUUUCCUAGAACAGGCCUCAGCCAACAUCCCUGCUCCCAUGAAACCAAACUGAAGCAUGUACAGGGAUCAGAACCCUGUUCAGACUGUUCCAGGGGCCACUCUCUCUCUCUCUCUCUGUGUUCAGCUUUUGUUGUGGACUCUUGAUGUUUUUGUCAUGUUAUGUACAUCUAUGAUAUGUUUCAAGAGGUGCUAAAGGACAUUACUGACACUUAUCUCUUAUGAGGAAUCGGUAGAUCGGCCAGGAGGUCAUCAUUCUGAAGUCAUAGGUAUACUUAAAACUAAAUUUGUUAGGUAGGAAAUGUGAUAAGUUAAUCACAUUUUUAAUAUUUCAAGUACAUGUUUGUAGAGCUAAAAUGAGCAGAAAGGGCUUUAGUUAGAGAGAACUAAGUGGCAUAAUUUUUUUUUACAUUGUUCAUAUUUUAUUAAAACACAUUUUGUAAAGUUUAAAAUAAACAUGUUUUGUCAUAAUUAAAAAUUGUGCGCUCUAUC